UGGAAAGAGGAUGUGUGUGCAUUUAUAGAUGAUUACUGGGACUAUCUAGUACCUGACAAGCAAAGAUCGUUAACUUGGAAUAAUACAAUUGCAAGUGUUCUGUCUACACACAAUAACCUUUUUCUUUCUGGGUUCGAGAAGCUUCAUCAAAGUGCUUGGUGGACGCUGCAUAAGGUUGAACCGCCUUCCAACGAAAAACGAUCCAAAUCGGCAACCAGAAUUAAAGCGAAUAUCAAAAGACCAUUGAAACGAACAAAGCCAGAGAAUGAAAUCACAAAACCACCAAAAAAGCCUAAAAAAGUAAAGAAAGAGGUGCCAGAUCCUGAUCUAUUGGAUCUAAGUUCACUAUCAGAACUUUCCUCUGCUGACGAGUUAUUAUCUAGCGAUGAAGAUGUAAAACCACCCAAGAAAAAGAAACAGAAUAUAGUCGCUGUGGCGAGACCUACGUAUGUUCUGAAGCAGGAACAAAAAUCUCCUUCACCACCACCACCACCAUCGUCACCCGUCAUACCAUCAUUACCUGCACCUAAACAAACUUCUCCAAUAUUAUCUCCAUCUAAACCUCAUACAUCCAAAUCGCCAGAAGCGCCUGAAACAUUUGCGCCACCGCCACCAGAACCACAACCACAACAAACACAACCAUCACCGCCGCCGCCACCAUCAUCACCACCACCACCGGCAGAACCCAAACUGGUAUCAGAUCAUCUUUCAGCCCAAGAGGAAUGGUCCUUAUUACAACGUUUAGAGCACUCAUCAAAAAAACUACCGUAUGCAGCAUGUCGGUAUAAGCGUAAAUUGGCCGUUCGACGACUCAAGCGGAAUCUGGGAAUAAAGUUAUUUGACAUGGAUACACAAAUUAUACAAUUAUUAAGAACUCCUAAACAUGCAUUGGAGCCGAUCUCUAAGGAAACUAUCAUAACUCCGGCAUCCAAUCAACAAGAGGAUCAGGCGACAGAUGACCAGCAGCAUCUAUUGGACAAAAUUACUUUUACGCCUUAUUCAUCAUCAUUCGCUUCCCGGUUAUUUGGUUCCAUUCGUCAACGUGAAACUAUUACACGAGAAGAACCGUGGCUCUCUUCUUGGAAUGGACGUAAACUGCGACCUUUUAUUCGACGUGAUUACCAAAGUAAACCAAAGCGUAUGUUAUUAAUGGGUCAAAUCAAGGCAUGUCAAGGUAAACCUUCAGAGGGGAAAAAGGCAGAUGGCGUUAUACCAGGCGAGAGCAUCGAUUAUGUGUACUUUCAGAAGGAACAUUUGGCUCAAGUGAAUCAACUCUUAAGUAGGUCUUUUUGGGAAGGAAUUGAUGUAUCUGAGUCUCUCCUGUUCCCGGAGUUUAGUAUUGUUGCAUUGUACAAGCGUCAUGUCAUUGGAUGUGCUUUUAUGACUCCCGAAGCAUAUAUUACCUAUUUUGCUGUAGAUGAAGGGUGGGGAAAUGCUAGCAUAGGACAAUUCAUGUUGUACCAUCUAUUUCAGACUGCAAUCAGUAAAGACAUUACACUUCAUGUUUCUGCUAAUAAUAAUGCCAUGAUUUUGUAUCAAAAAUUUGGUUUUAAGCCUGAGGAAUUUAUUGUAAAUUUUUAUGAUAAAUAUUAUCCAGCAGAUAGCGUAUACAGUAAGAAUGCCUUCUUUUUACGAUUACGAAGAUAA